GAAGUGUCUAGGAACCUUGGGCAGUGUUGCCAGUUCUAGCGGGUUUUAUGCUGAACUGUUUAAAGGGCCCACUUGUGCCGGGGGGGUUCAAUAAAAAGAAUAUAAAACAACUAAAAUCACUGGUGUAGAUUAAAACCCGAUUUUACAAUACGUUUGCUUCUUAUUCCGGUCUGUUGCAGUCGCUAGAAACGUAUUCUCAGCUGAACCGGAACCCCUGGUCAACAGUGCAGUAUUCGAUCGUCGAUCGUGCACGAAGAGGAAAGUGGCAAUGUGGAGGGGAAGUAAAAACAUUUCGAGACUCGUAAAAAAUUGGAGUUCAAGCUGUGAUGGCAAUUAAAUAAUUGAAAAUAGUGAAAUCAAAUUACCACGCCACGCGGCCGAAACUACGCAAUAGUUGGCUUGAAUGCUGUUAUCGACCGGCCUGCCCUCCAGGUGUAUGCUUCCGAUUCGCCAACAUUAGAGGAGCUCUAGAGGCCAGCAGGGAGCGGAUGAGAAAUCGAUUGAUAAUUGCGUGUCUCGCCGAGGAGAGACGACACGGUGGUCUGGCAAAAGUGUUGUUUAGUAGCGGCGGAACGACGGGUUCUAGUUGAGUGUGUCCAAUCGUUUGCCACGGAGAUUCUCCGGCGCACCGGCGCUACCCAACAAGUAUGAGAAAACGGGCCAGCACCUAGAGGAACUGCACGUAGCUCGUGCGUGGAGGAAGGUAUGGCGGUUCGUGGCGAUACGUAAACCAGCAAGUUACAUCUACAGCGGCAAGGAAAUAGUGGUGCUGGUGUCGAGCAGGAACAAAUAGAUGCGAACAGUCAAUCAGCAGUACCGUGAAGACAUCGAUCAACAGCACCUUUGACCGCUCGUGAUUGACUAUCACCCUUGCGCUAUUGUCGCCCGAGCAACUCACCCAAACCACCGUGAGAGUGGCCAGCCUUUCUCUACACCCGGACCGCAAAACGGACUUGACGGAUCUGGCCACGAAACGAACGGUGGCGACGGCAGCAAGGACGACGACGACGACGAGCGAUUCGAAUCCGCCGGAAGCCACCGAAACCAUGUCGAACAAGCUGAACAACCCGAAGCGCCGCGAGGUAACGGGCUCAUCCUCGUCCAACUCCUCCAUCUCGUCGGUCGGCGCCGGGGACAGUGGUAUUUCGGCGGAUCUGGCCUCACUGUUCGAGUGUCCGGUAUGCUUCGACUAUGUGCUGCCACCGAUUCUGCAGUGCCAAAGCGGCCAUCUCGUCUGUACCAGCUGCCGUUCGAAGCUAACCUGCUGCCCGACUUGCCGCGGUUCGCUCGGCAACAUCCGCAACCUGGCGAUGGAGAAGGUGGCCUCGAACGUAAAGUUCCCGUGCAAACACUCGAACCACGGGUGCACCGUCUCACUGGUCUACACGGAGAAGGCGGAACACGAGGAGGCAUGCGAGUUCCGCCCCUACCUAUGCCCCUGUCCGGGCGCUUCGUGCAAGUGGCAGGGUUCGCUCGACUACGUCAUGCCACACCUGAUGAUGUCACACAAGAGCAUCACCACGCUGCAGGGUGAGGAUAUCGUGUUUCUGGCCACCGAUAUCAAUCUACCGGGGGCCGUGGAUUGGGUGAUGAUGCAGUCCUGCUUCGGGCACCACUUCAUGCUGGUGCUGGAGAAGCAGGAAAAGUACGAUGGCCACCAGCAGUUCUACGCGAUUGUGCAGCUGAUCGGAUCGCGCAAGGAGGCCGAAAACUUUGCCUACCGGCUGGAGCUAAAUGGCAAUCGACGGCGGCUCACGUGGGAAGCGAUGCCACGCUCCAUACACGAGGGAGUGGCCAGCGCCAUCCUGAACUCGGAUUGCCUCGUGUUCGAUACCUCGAUCGCACAACUGUUUGCUGAUAAUGGUAAUCUAGGCAUCAACGUGACUAUCUCUGUCGUCUAGGAGUGGAGUGCGGACGCUUUGGGUUCUGCUUCGUUAUUGUUGCUGCUGUUGCUGCUAUCCCGAUACUACCGAUGAGAGGAGGGUAAAGCAUAGGGGAGUGACUGUAACACGUAGGCAGCUAUUGUGUCUCUACUAUCUUUGAACGCAUUAUAACAUGUUUUGCUUUAUAAUUUUCAUGUUAAUCUCUGUUUUUCCUCCUUUACUGCUCCGUUCUGUUAUGUAUGGUUGGGAUGAAUUGCUUUGGAAGGGCACCAACUUUCCUGGCCUCGUAGUUCAAGGACUGCGGUUCUUAAUGUCCCUGUAUUUUGGCUCUUUGUUUCGCCAGCUUUAGCGCCUUUAGCGAGCCUUUAAUGUCCCUGGAACAAAACUGGUCGCAAGGAUUUAAUUUACGAUUGUCACUGAUGCCUAUCGCUGAUUAGAUGAAUCUCAUCAUUUGUUCUAGCCCAUGCUAGUGCGGCUCGCAUGCCCGUGGCGCCGGAGCGCGCUACAUUAGGGCAUCAUGAUGAAUGAUUUAUCGAAGCGACAGUUGAAGGUUGACGAUCUCUCCCUAGAGUCCUCUAACGAUCGAUAGCCUGUGGUAGCGAACCGGCCGAGUGUAC